AUGUCGCCACGCCGCGUUUAUGCUCAUCGACCUCAUUCCGCUGAAAAGCACCCUGCUUCUAGUUCUGGCAAAGGGCUUUCGAAAGUCCCGGAGGCCCUAGAAGGAUUUCAUUUAGUGAUCAGUGAAUUACCAUCGUCCGCAUCGAGCGCUGAGCACUCCAGUUUCAUCGUGACGGAUAACGAGGAUUGGGUUCCUGGUCGCGUUGUCAUGGCCACGCGCCUUUUCAAGGAUCGUGAUAUGUCCAGUGCAAUGAGUGUCCUGAACACCAGGGAGAUCGUUAGAAUGAAACCAGGUACGCCUGUCGUGUAA